CACCAAUUGAAGCAGCUCUAUAACCCUUUGUUACUCGUCCUCACUCCCGUGGCACGUUCUACUCGCUUCUUUCACAGUGAUGUUCCAUUCAAAGGCGGUGCAAGCUUUGUGGUUGUGAUUGCCCCUUAUUGAGCAGCAAAGAAAGAAUGCAAUGAAACAAUCCAAUUCCUUGCCCAGCUUUGAUCCACGAUCGAUUCGAUAUGUGGUAGGUGAGAAAUGAAACGGUGUGGACAGUGCCUUGCUCACUUCAUUAAGGAUUGUGCGGUUGCGGGUUGCCAUUAUUCUGAUUGAGUCACAUAGAUCAACAGGCCAAUGAUAUGUUGAAUACAGACACUCUACUGGUAUUCACGGUUUCGCAGCUAACAUGUAUUGCAGGAGUGGCAGUCUCCACUGAUGUCGUUGCCUACCGUACGGUACGGUAGUCCAAGGACUGUCUCUGCUGCAGCAAAAAGUGUUUCAUUUCUGCUAAAAGCGAAUUACUGUAUCAAACUUCCCAAGAUCAACGAUUGCCGCAUUUACCCAUCAGCGACAAUCUCUUGUCGCAGGUUUCCUGGGGCAUUCAACCAUGAUAUUUGGAGAUUGGCAAAGACGGACGGUGGGAUCUUGAUAUCUUCCUUCUCUCGUAGAAGCAAUUGGCAGCUGUCCAACAAUGCUGUGGACUCGUCGUCCAGACGAAAUCCUUCCACAUCCCCCAUCCGUUGCUGGAAUCUUCCAAUUCUGUCUGGCUCGACAUCUUCCAUGGUCAUGACGGUGACCAUAUCUGAGAGUAUGUUGGCGCGUGAUAGAAAUCCCCCCGAGGACGAAAUGCUGUCAGCGACCUCGGAAGUGACACGUUGUCGAUCCUCAAACUGGGCCAUACCCUUGAGACGAAGCCAGAAUGGGAAAACUGCCGGUUGUGGUUGAGCUGCAGCGCUUGUAGACAUCAUCAGUUUCGUGGAAGGGGCGGCAAGCAUCGACGAAGGAUGUCGGGCUAUCGAGGCCAUUAGAAAUAGAGGGGCUUUUGUGGAUGGAAUGUACAUAUUCUAUUGUUAAACUGGUGUGUUGUUGUUGUUGUUCUUUUGUUUUUUGUGUGUUCUUCUCUUUUAGACCUUGGGGUUGGUGUUGGUGUUGCCAUGAUGAAGGAGGUGAUGGUGGGAAGCCUUUUGAUGUUCUGUCUCGUAUCGUGUCUCGUGUCGGAGCCGCGAAGAUCCGAAGAUCUUUGAUGGGAAAAUCGUUCCCACGAUUCACAGAAUGAAGCAACUCUAACCCUUUUGCUGAAGUGUCUGCUCGUGUAUCGUCUCUGUCUCACUCCCGCGGCAAAUUCUGGUACAGUACUUUUGCACAUUAUUUGCAUCAUGCUGGCUGCUUCUUCGACAAUGAAGCAUCUGCAAUCAUUACAGUUCCAAAUUACUAUUAGAAUGUAAAUCAAGCCCUGUUGUAGAAACAAACCCAAUCACAGGAACACGCAACACGUAACAAGGGAGCAGUUGAAGGAGAUCUCUUUCAGCCAACGUCGUGAAACCUGCGUUCGGUUGGCGUAACGUUUGAUUGGGGCCUGCCUGUUCGUCUGUUCUGCUUGCAAUUCAUCAGUCACUUGGUAUCCACAAUCCACAAAUCACACACCUCCAAUAGCACAGUCCCGGAAGUUGGCACGAUGUAGCGAAAGAUACCUUAUCUGACCAAACUCCGAGGUAAGCAAUGGUGCCAAUGAUGAUCGUUCCAGCCAUGGCUGACGCAUCUUAUGUUGCCAAAUCUAUGAAAGAUUCAAGCGUUGUUGGCAGAGUUCCUGAAAGCGUGUUGCCAGAUAGAUCGAGAACUGUAUUCAUCCAGGCCUACCGUACCUCAGAAGGCUGUCCACCGGAGAGUUUGUUCCUUUUCUGGGGGCAAGUUGCAGACGACGAGUGAGAAGAUGGCGUUGCGAGGCAACUCUCUUCGUAAGAUGUCUUGCACUUACCAGCAUAUAUAUUCCAAGGAAAACAGAUGCCCAGCUGCUCUGGAAUGGUGCCAUUCAGGAAAAUAUUUUGAGACACAACUUGGUCAGAUUGAAAGGGCUCAAACUUAACUGAUACUUUGGUCAGGGGCGCCAUCCCAGACACCUCAUGCGAUCUUGCCUUACUGAUCGUGUGUGUUUUCAGCCGCACGAGCAAGCUUUGCAUGUGAUAACAAAUGGAUGGGAAUGUUUGCUUAACCCAACCAAUUAUAUAUAGAUGGAGAACUCAAAAGCCUGUUCGCUGUUCGUCCUUCGGCUUGCAUGGGCUUCUGAGCUUGAACUGGUCAGCAGUUCGGGAAAGUUGGACCCGUUGCACCUCCGAAAUCGCUCCGUUUCAAUAGCUCAAGUGAGUCCCACCCAUGAGCGCUGUUGGUGCAUCUCUGCAUGCCUUGUACGUACGGAGCACAAGUCGUGGCUGAGAGAGGUCUUUGUGCACGUAGCCGGUUACCGCUCAGCCAUCGUGCUACCAGCACCUCGAGGUAAAAAGCCCAUUUGAUUGAAACGGAGUAAAAUUGACGAUUUGAUUAGGCAUAAAUGACUUUCCAUGAGAAGAGUCUGAUAAUUGUCUGAAAAGAAACCAUCCUUCCAUAAGACAAUGGUGAGAUAAGUGUCAGACGAUUGUCAGACAAUAGCUAAAUCUUAUUUCAGAUGAUCACUAAAUCUUUCAGACGAUCGCUGGUUACUCUUGGCAUUAUUCGGUACUGCGUUCAACUGAGUACUAGAUGUUCCGAGUCAUCGCCAAUAAUCGCCUGAGAAAGUGGGGUCUUCGCCAAUAAUCGUCUGACAGAAACUGUCUGACAUAAUCGUCUUAAGACAGUUGUCAGACGAUUAAAAGUUAAUUGUCAGACGAUUAAAAGUAAUCGUCUUAUGACUGCCUGAUAUGACUUAAGCAACAUGAAAUUCACUCCAAAAAUCCAGUUUUUACACAAAUAAAGAACCAAUUGGAGACCUUUACCUCGAGGCGCAGCAAAUGCUAACUUGACUUGGGGAGUGGGGAGGCCUACUAGCUAGCAAGUACCGAUAUCGCAGUCCCGAACGCGAUGAAGACGAACCCCAAAGAAAUAUCAUUGUUUCCCGUCCCGCGCGCACGUCUCGUGUUUGAUGACUCACAGUUCUGCAUCAUCUUUCGUCCAUCCACGUAAGCAGUUUGUGGUAAUUCUUGCCACGCAUUCGAUCUCUGCUGGUUGAAGCACCACGCUACGGCAAUGGAUGAUGCUGCUGCUUCAAGCAAUUUGGUGACGGUACGAGUGGUACGCAUUCAGGAAAUGUGCUGUUGUCAAGUCCUUGAUGGCUGUCUCCUCUUUCUUCUCAAAAACGAAACAAACAAAACGCAAUCUAAUCUUUGCUAUAAGGAUUCAAUACCAUGCCGACAUCCUCCGAUCUCUUUCCUCCCAUGCACCUCCAAGAAACAGAUAACGACUAUUAUCUGGUAGACGAAGACUAUGACGAGAACGAUUGGGAACCAAUUCUGGAGUCUGAUUGUUGUUGCAGUAUCAGUCUCAGUACCGACAGCAAUGAGUCAGACGAAACAUUAUCCAUCGACGAGCCAGAAUGUGAAAACAACAUCAAACUCAAGUCUCUAGACCCACCCGCCCUUCCAACGGUAUCCUCCAGAUCCGUCAAGCUCUUCCUCCUCAUCCUUUCCAUACCUCUCCUGCUGGCCAUGAUAUCUGCGUCGUUUCCCACGGCAGACUUUCAAGAUGGUCUGGAUACACUCUAUGUGCCAGGGCUGGGCUUUUCCGGCUUUUGGUUUACCCUGGGACGCCUCAAGAGCAUUCCCGACAAGGCGUCCAAGCAUUACGUUUGCUUCUCGGCCGGAUGCUUGGGAUCUGUGGCCAUUCUCAAUGAUUUUUCCGUCGAGGAAAUGGCCUGCAUGGCCGAAACAGCACAACAACGAUGGAAACGAGGAGAAAUCGACCGCUUUCAAGUGGUCACACAGUUUGUCGAUGGUCUGGUCUACCGGGACUUUGAUGGCUGUUUGGCGAGCAACAAGAACAACAAGCAAAGUAGAAAGAAGAAUAUCAUCCCCAUCAACAACCCCAAUCUGUUCUCCAAACUUCACGUCCUUACCACGGCACCAACCAUGGGAAGAGCCGAGGCAGUGAUGCGAUCGCCCACAUCGCUGGACGAACUGAGAGAAAUGUUGAUUCAGACUGCGUGGAUUCCCAUCGCCACGGGGGAUGGUCUCACACACAAAGGACACAUGGAUGGCGGUUUCUCCUUUUGGAAACACCCCAGGUGUACCAAGUCCGUCAAUCUACCACUGGAAGCAGGUCUCAUUUUCAAUAGCCUCAACAUCAACAUGCCGGUAGAGAAAGCAUACCAACUAUGGAACCAAGGCAUGGAAUACGGACUGUGAGCCUACUGGCUACUAGUUGAGAAACUAGUACUUAGGGCUCUGUACAAAUCAAAUCAAACCAAUCAUUUUGCACAAACAAACGAACGAAACGAGUAGUUGUACAACGGCAUCAACUUUUACAUAGCCAACUUUAGACUUUAAUUAACUUUUGAUGAAUCUUUC